UUGCCAGUAUGAAACAUGGCCGCGGCCGAAAGUCACAUGACAUCUUUUCAAGCAGAAGAUUGGGCGGGAAGUAAUAUUCUUCCCAUGGUGCAGCGCGCUGGCGGCUCCACACGGGGAAUCAUGGCGGCCUCUGUGAAUCUAGAGAGAAGUUACAUGGAAUUGAUUGGUGCCGAGCGGGAAACGUCAAGGAGGAAUUUCAGGGAUUUGAGUCUGCGCCCAGAUGUUAGUCUUGUGAUUGGAGGCCCAAAAUACAGUGAUUGUGCCGGUGGUUAUUGCUACAAUGAAAGUGGCAGUCUCCUGUCGGCUACAAGGAACAGGUUCAUACAUUGGACUUCCUAUGCUGAUACAUUGGAGCUGGUGGAACUAUCCCUUGAUAUUAACCUUUUGAAUAAUGCUGUCCGUCUCAAAAUACUCAACUGCAGCAUUUUGCCUGGAGGGGUUCAUAUUUGUGAAACACAAAACAAUAUUAUCGUCUUAAUUUUAACAAACCAAACAGUUCACAGAUUGAUUCUGCCACAUCCCUCCCGCAUGUACAGAAGUGAAAUCAUUUCAGACAGCCACAUUCAAUCAAUAUUUACUGACAUUGGGAAGACCAAUUUCCACGAUCCCAACAACACCUAUGUGAUUCCAGCUAUUCCUGGACGAGCCCCCAAUUCUACUGCUUCCACGGCAUGGCUAAGCAGCGAUGGAGAGGCACUGUUUGCGCUCCCCUCUGUUUCAGGAGGAAUUCUUGUAAUUAAAAUGCCUCCUCGUGACAUGGAAGGACUUGUGACCAUUGCAGAAUUGAAACAAAGUUCUGUAAUGCAGCGACUUCUCACAGGGUGGAUGCCUUCAUCUAUACGAGGUGACCCGGGUCCGGCGCACCUUCCUGUAAGCCUUGCAGUUCAUACACUUGAUCAUGAUUCCUACCUCUUCGCUCUGUGUCAGGAUCAUAAACUCCGCAUGUGGUCAUACAAGGAUCAAAUGUGCCUUAUGGUCGCCGACAUGUUGGAAUAUGUGCCAGUUAGCAAAGAUAUCCGUCAAACAGCUGGGACAGGACACAAACUGCGGCUUGCCUACUCAGAUACAUUAGAAAUACUUUACCUUGGGGUAUAUUUGCACACACCCAGACAAGGACAGUUCUGUGUAUUCCAGUUGGUGUGCACGGAAAGCAAUCGCUACAGUUUGGAGCAUACUUCCUCAAUAUUCACUAAUCAGGAAACUCUCAUCGACUUCACUUUUACUUUAUCUUCUAUGAACAUUUGGGCUUUGUGGCUGGACGAUGACAACCAAACAGUCAUGAAACACAUAAAUUUUGAACGAAACCAAGCAGGACAUUGGAACCCAGUUUUUGUAAAUCCAUUGCCAGAUGAUGACUUAGCCAUUGGUGAUGAACAAGAACCCCAGGAAGCCUACCUGGAGUGUUUGUUUGCACCAGGACGAUUCACUAUUGCUGCUCUACAGAAAGCAAUUCAGAUCCUAAGGAAGGGCUCUGGAAGGGUUCUAGAUCUCUCCUGGGAAGAACUGAAAAAAGAGGUCACUUUAACUGUUGAGAAAGAGAUUCAGAAUGCCGUGGUAGAUUAUGACGUGUCACAGGAGGAAUUCCGCCAAAUAAACAUAGAGAACUGGUGUAAAUUUUAUACCUGUUGCCUGCAGUAUCAAGAGACUCUUUCACGUCCCCUUGCCCUUGUGGUGCACCCAAACACUAACAUGGUGUGCCUUCUGAGAAAGGGCUUUCUAUCUUUCUUGGCUCCUUGUUCUUCGGUUGAGCAUCUCUACCUUGUACCAGGAGAGCACUUGCUAACAGUGGAUGAAAGUGUUAUCUGUGAUGAUGUGGAUGGCGCGAGUGACAUUGUCAGCCUGAUACAGUGCCUUCACAUGAUAGCAGAUUAUAUUACCGAAGACAUGGCAUAUCAGAUGGAGAGUGCGUGCUGCCACCCACAGUCACCAGAGAGAGUUGCAGAGCAGAUUUUGGAAGAUUUGAUAGCCAAUGACAUAGACAACAUCAUGGAAAAUAUUCAGAAUAAACUGCAGGACAUCAGGAAUCCAAUACAAGCUAUUAGUUUCUUGCUUCAAAAUAUGGAUUAUGAAACCAACAUGGACAUGGAACAGUCGCAACAUAAUGUGAGACUGAAUCUUUCUACUCUUUAUGGGAGUGUUACUGCUUCCAGUGUGGUAUGUCAAGCCAUUUACAAAAUCUCUGCCACAAGAUUCUUAAUAUGUCGGGACUUGCUUAUUCUUCAGCACCUCUUGCUGAGGCUAGGGGACAUGGCACUGGUUGGAGCAGGGCAGCUUCUUCAUUCUCAGCAGGAACUUAUCCCUCGCGCCGCUCAACUGCUUUUGUCCUAUUACAUGAUCCGCUGGGGGAGCCAGUGUUUGGCCUGUGCUGUCCCAGUAGAUUUAUUAGAGUCCAACCUGCAGCACCUCUCAGUUUUGGAGCUUUCUGAUUCUCAAGUAGAGAAGCGCAGAUACACCAGUGGAAUCCAGACCAUUGUGGAAUUGUUUUUUGAAGAUGUAGGAAGAAAACAUUUCCCUCAAGUUUUUGCCCACCUUUUCAUUCAAUCUGGUUCAAGUCAGGUGCACAGAUCUUUAAACUGGGCCGAUCUUAUACAUCGCAUUACCAGCUACCUCCUACAACUUCUAUGGCCCAGUAACCCUAACUUCCAGUUUGCAGAAUGCCUGAUGAGAAACUGCCAAUACACACAGCUCCAGGAAUAUGUCCGGCUGCUUUUACCAUGGUGCCAAGUUAAUGUUGGUUCCUGCCAUUUCAUGUUGGCCCAGUGUUACUUGGUUGCUGGAGAAGGACACAAGGCUUUAGAUUGUUUCAGUCAAGCAGCCUCCGAAGUGGAGAGGGAAGACUUUUUGGAAAAAUUAAUCAGAGUUGAGGAGGGGGAGUCUGUGUCACCUCGCCUCCAAUAUUAUAACAGAGUGUUGCGUCUGCUGGAAGAUGUAGGUUUGCCGGAGCUGGUGAUUCAGUUGGCUACUAUUGCAAUAAGUGAAGCCAGUGAUGACUGGAGGAGUCAGGCAGCAUUAAGGACUCGAAUUUUCAAACAUCACUUAGAUAUGGGACACAACAGCCAAGCAUAUGACGCUUUAACUCAAAUCCCAGAUACUAGCAGGCAACUUGACUGUUUACGGCAGCUGGUGGUGGUUCUGUGUGAGCGCUCCCAGCUGCAGGACCUUGUAGAGUUUCCCUAUGUAAAUCUACAUAAUGAGGUUGUAGGUAUCAUUGAAUCCCGUGCCCGUGCUGUUGAUCUGAUGACCCACAACUACUAUGAACUCCUAUAUGCGUUCCAUAUAUACCGACACAACUACCGAAAAGCUGGCACGGUGAUGUUUGAAUAUGGGAUGCGACUUGGCAGGGAAGUCCGUACCUUACGGGGUCUCCAAAAACAAGUGAACUCUUAUCUGGCAUGCCUGAACUGCUUGCGCCUUAUCCGUCCAGAAUACGCUUGGAUAGUGCAGCCGGUAUCGGGAGCUGUGUAUGAACGCCCAGGAGCAUCCCCCAAGAGGAACUAUGAUGGAGAAUCAUCUGCUGUUCCAAGCAGUAGUCAGAUUGAAAUCUUGGAGCUGCGAGAUUUAGAAAAGGAAUACGUUCUUGCGCAGACGCGGCUGACUCUGGCAAAGCAUAAUCCCAGUACAGCAGCGAUCGCAGGGAGUUCCGCUGCUGAAGAAAUGGUGGCUCUUCUUGUACAGGCCGGCCUGUUUGACACAGCAAUAUCCCUGUGCCAGACGUUCAAACUUGGCCUGACAUCAAUCUUCGAGGGUCUUGCUUGCAAAUGCAUCAGGUUGCAGCAGGGCGGGGAGGCAGCUCAGGCUGAGGCAUGGGAAUGGCUGGCAGCCAAUCAACUGGCGACUGUUAUUACUACCAAGGAGUCCAGUGCUACAGAUGAAGCAUGGCGGUUAAUGAUCUCCUAUCUGGAUAAAUACGAGUCAAAGAACACACUGUAUCAUCACUGUAUCAUAAAUAAACUGCUGUCUCACGGAGUCCCUCUGCCCAACUGGUUAAUAAACCGUUACAAGGCUAUGGAUGCAGCAGAACUGCUCCGGCUUUACCUCAAGUAUGACCUGCUGGAAGAGGCUGCAGAGCUGGUGUUAGAAUAUGUAGACGCACUUCUAGGCAAAGGCCACCAGUAUUUUGGAAUACAGGCUCCUCUCUCUGCAACGUCUCAGUUGGUCUGGUUCCCUUAUUCAGCUAUUGACCAUCUCCGACUGGCUCUGGGCGAGAAUGAAAAUAACCAACACAAUCAGGCCAUUCUGGGCAAACUCCAGAGGAAAAUGGAUGAAUAUUUCCAGAAGCUGAAGAAAGCCACCGAUGACUACAAAAAAAUAGUGCAGAAGCCGGUACGGGCGUAAAGUUCCGCAGUGAUGGCUCUGAGGAACCGAUGGAAACCAGGCACCAUGUUUAUAAUUCAGUGUAGAAUUCAUAAUAAUGUCAUUAGUUUUCUGUUUUGUAAAAAUAAACUAUUUUGUAUGAUGUU